GUUCUUGUCAAAGAAAACGAAACUCAGACGGUUUCUCUCUCUCUCUCUCUGUGUAAUUUCAGGAAAAUGGCUGAGGCCAGUAUUUCAGUAGAUCAGGAUCAGUUCAUCUGUCCAGUGUGUCUGGAUCUCCUGAAGGAUCCGGUGACUAUCCCCUGUGGUCACAGUUUCUGUAAGGUGUGUAUUAAUGGCUGCUGGGAUCAGGAGGAUCAGAAGGGCGUCUACAGCUGUCCUCAGUGCAGAGACACUUUCACUCCAAGGCCUGUUCUACGCAGAAACAACAUGCUGGCUGAAGUGGUGGAGAAACUGAAAAAGACUGAAGUCCAAGCUGCUUCUCCUGCUCACUGUUACACUGGACCUGGAGAUGUGGAGUGUGAUUUCUGCACUGGGAGAAAACACAAAGCUGUCAAGUCCUGUCUGAUGUGUUUAGCUUCAUUUUGUGAAACUCAUUUGAAACCUCACCUGGAAGUUCCUGCUUUGAAAAAACACACAUUAACUGAAGCUUCAGCAAAACUUCAAGAGAAGAUCUGCUCUGAACAUAACAAGCUGAUUGAGAUCUACUGCCGUACUGAUCAAACCUGCAUCUGUUAUUUGUGUACGAUGGAUAAUCACAAAGGACACGACACCGUCACAGCCGCAGCAGAAAGAGCUGAGAAACAGAGUGAGUUAAAGGAGAAGCAGAUGAAAUCCCAGCAGAGAAUCCAGGAGAAGCAGAAGAAGGUGCAGGAGCUGAAACAGGCUGUGAACACUAUAAAGCUGAGUGCACAGACAGCAGUGGAGGACAGUGAGAUGAUCUUUACUGAGCUGAUCAGCUCCAUGGAGAAAAAGCGCUCGGAGGUGACGGAGCUGAUCAGAGCUCAGGAGAAGACUGAACUGAGUCGAGCUGAACGACUCCUGGAGCAACUGGAGCAGGAGAUUGCUGAUCUUCAGAGGAGACUCACUGAGCUGGAGCAGCUUUCACACACACACGAUCACAUCCAGUUCCUCCAGGCUUUAGCUUCUGGACGUCGGUCUCCUCCAGUAGACAGACCAGACUUUCAGACAUCCAGCAUCAGUGUCCAUCAACAUCUCUCAUUUGAUGGAGUGAGGAAUUCUCUCUCAGAUCUGAAGAAGAGACUCGAGGAAUUCUGUGAGGAGGAAUUCAACAAAAUCCCUCCACAUGCUGCAGCAGUUCAGAUCUUUUUACCACCAGAGCCACAGAGCAGAGAAGAGUUUCUGAAAUAUUUCUGUUAUCUGACUCUGGAUCCCAACACGACACAUCGUAACCUCAUUCUGUCUGAGAAGAACAGAGCGGUGAGAUACAGUGAGAGAGAGCAGCAGUACUCUGAUCAUUCAGAGAGAUUUGACUCCUGGCGUCAGGUGUUGUGUAAGGAGAGUGUGUGUGGACGCUGUUACUGGGAGGUGGAGUGGAGCGGUGAGAGUGUGUCCAUAUCAGUCUUAUAUAAAGACAUCAGCAGGAAAGGACAGGGUUAUGAGUGUCUGUUUGGACACAACAAUCAGUCCUGGAGUCUGUGGUGUCGUUCUUCUUCUUCUCUUUCUUUCUAUCACAACAACAUUAAGACUGAUCUCAGAGCUCCAUCAUCCUCCAGAAUAGGAGUGUAUGUGGAUCACAGUGCAGGAACUCUGUCCUUCUACAGCGUCUCUGACACGAUGAAGCUCCUCCACAGAGUCCACACCACAUUCACUCAGCCUCUGUACGCUGGGUUUAGGCUCGACUGGUGGUUGUCUGACUCUACUGUGAGAUUGUGUGAUCCAGAAUAAAGUGUGUAGUGUUUUGUGUAAAAUUCCUGCACAUUGUCACAUUGUUGCUCAGUCAUCUGUCUCACUAACACACAAUCCAGCUGCACAAACAGCUCAGUAAUUUAACACAGCGACAAUUAAAGAGUAAAUAUUAACACUGAAUAUAGUUUAAUAAAAAUAAACAGAUGUAUUAUUAAAUGUAUUAAAUGUAUUAUUAUAAAGUUGUAUCUGUGUGAAGAGCCGUGGUGAGAUUCGGCACAUCAGACGUCACUUUAGAAUAACUUUAUAUUUACAUUAUUGAAAGUAGAUGUUUAAAACUGACCACACACACACACACACACACACACACACACACACACACACACACACACACAAAUAUAUUUCAGCAAAGACUUUUUGUUUUAAUCUGCUAAAAAAUUAUAUCUGAAGAAAAUUUUUGUAAUGCAGUGAAUUUUUAAAUCUUCUAAAUAAAUAUCUUUAUACUGUAUGUAUGUAACACCGUGUAAACACAGACUUGUAUUAUUAUGAGUAAUAUUUAUGUCAUGAAUGUAACUAAUAAAUGUAUAAAAAAUUAAAGAAUUCAGUAAUAAAUCAAUAUCUGUGGUUUAUUACUCACAAAGCUACUAACCCAAGGCAACCUUCCUUCAUUCAUGUCAUCCUGCAACACUUCUAGCGAGUCCUGUCCUAGAAUUAGACCAAGAAUUAGAAUAACAGCUCAACACCAUCACUGAGAAAAGUGGUGUAGCUUAAAACCAUGAGCCCUUUCCACUCACUCACCCAGACUGAGGAGUUCCCUGUAUCACUGUGAGUAUCAAUUCAUAAGUGCCGUUAUCUAGUUAUUAUUCAUUUUUUGGGCAAUUUAUGG